GGAGGGGUAGGUGUUUAAGCCUAUCCGGAGGAAGAAGCAGCUGGCCAAGAAGCCUCAGCAAUUACACUUGCCAAAGCGGUUCCAUUUGGCCAACAGGCUUCGCUGUCUAGAUUCACGGUCCUGAAUGUGAAUUCACGUAUUUUGCUAAAGGGUUCCGAGCAACGUGUUGGGAUUGGGAUUUUCUUUAACUUCACAGCCGCAGGCAGCAGUUUUCCUUUUUUUUUUUUUUUUUUUUUUUUUUUUUCUCCCCUUCCCUAUUGUACCGCCGUUUUCAGCGACUCCACGCAGCGGAUUUACAAAGCCACCUUACGCAGAGCCCGAGAUGAGAUUCAGCACCCCGGACAGAGAGUGAGCAUCCCGGGGACCCUGGACAGUGACUCGCCGUCCUCUGUAGGCUGUGGAGAGGCAGGCACGUGGCACGAGGAAGGAGGAAGGAUGGAUCUUCACCCGAGAGCAAGAGCCUCCCCACGGGGAAGCCAGCACCAGACGCAAGGCCUCAUGGGCCGUUGACCUGCUGUCUCCUUGAUUUAUGGCGGCUGGGGGCUCCUGGCCACUGCAGACUCCUCUCCCUUCUCUCCUCCGUUGCCCUCCUCGCACACUGCGGGACCACGAGGAGCCACACACACUGCGCCACCGUCUGCAGGAGCAUCCGAAGAGGGGUUUCUCGCAGGGCUGCCGCACCCGCGCGUCCGCCUCCUCUCGCGCCGCCUCAUCCAAAAAUAAACACCUCCAUAAACAUUCCGACGCCGCAGCGCCGCGUCCCGCCAUCCCCGUCGCAAGUCAAUUAGAGUGAGCCUGCUCUGGGAGCUCCCCUCAUUUGACUGUGUGCGGAUUACAAUCAGUCAUGGUGAGUCGGGCGUAGAGCCCCGUGGUGUGGCUGCUGCUGGGAGGCUGGGCUGGAUCAAUGGAAGUGCGCUGACUGACGAGAGGAGGCUCCUCUUUUCACUUGGCCUGGGAGGAUUCAGCAGCCAGCAUCUCUCCACAAAAAGCUCUACUUCCAAACUGCAAAAAAAAAAAAAAAUACAUCCUCUGUGGACUACUGUGGCACUCAAUGAAAGUGGUUGUCUAUCUUUAGCCCUGCUUUAUUUGGACAUUUGCUUCAGUCAGAGCCCCUUAUAUGCUUUUGUUCCCCCCCUCCUGCCUUUAAGGCGUAGAGUCUCCACAGUGCGUAUCAACUUCUCACUCGUUUCCUGUUUACUUUUAAAAGCUGUAGCUUGAGAGUGAGAGCCAAUCAGUGCCCUCACCAUGGUCUUGCCGCCCCCAGAUAAACGCCACGUGUGCCUGACCACCAUUGUCAUCAUGACGAGCAUGGCCUUCAUGGAUGCCUACCUGGUGGAGCAAAACCAGGGUCCCCGGAAGAUCGGUGUGUGCAUUAUAGUGCUGGUGGGGGACGUUUGCUUCCUCAUCGUGCUACGCUACGUAGCGGUGUGGGUCGGCGCCGAGGUGCGCACGGCCCGGCGAGGCUACGCCAUGAUCCUGUGGUUUCUCUAUAUAUUUGUCCUCGAGAUAAAACUCUACUUUGUCUUCCAGAAUUGCAAGGCCGACAGGAAGAGUCUGGAAACAGUGGCACGGAAAGCUUUGACGUUGCUGCUAUCUGUGUGUGUGCCAGGUUUGUAUUUGGUUCUCGUGGCUCUGGACAGCAUGGAAUAUGUGAGAACUUUCCGGAAGAAGGAGGACAUGAGGAGCCGGCUGUUCUGGGUGGCUCUGGACCUGCUGGACCUGCUGGACAUCCAAGCCAACCUAUGGGAGCCCCAGCGGACAGGUCUGCCCAUCUGGGCUGAAGGCCUGAUGUUCUUCUACUGCUACAUCCUGCUGCUCAUCCUGCCCUGCGUGUCGCUCAGCGAGAUCAGCAUGCAGGGCGAGCACAUGUCGCCCCAGAAGAUGAUGCUCUACCCGGUCCUCAGCCUGGUCACCAUCAACGUGGUCACCAUCCUCAUACGGGGCGUCAACAUGGUGCUGUUCCAGGACAGCCGCGUCUCCACCAUCUUCGUCGGCAAGAACGUGGUGGCCAUCGCCACCAAGGCCUCCACCUUCUUGGAGUACCGCAAACAGGUGAAGGAGUUCCCCCACCCGCAGAACGCCAUGGCGCUGGAGCUGCAGCAGAACUCCGUCGCCCACACGCAGACGCUGCCUAACGCCACGAGUCUGCCGCACGAACCUUCGCCGGCGCAGGACGUCAUAGACACAUGACCGGCAGCGUUGGAUUCGGCCCCCUUUAGGAACAAACUGAAAGCUUCAGCAGAAAGGGAGAGAAGGGAGAUAGAGACAUCAGCUUCAUGACAGGGAGGAAUCCUGCCCCUCGUCAAGCUCUUCUCAGCUGCGGUGAAUCAAGAAAAGAGAUUUUUUUAGCAUCAGCUGCCUGUCAGAAAAUUCUGUAUACCUACACUUGACUCUGAGUGCAGCGUGCAGACUAAAUCGAAACAUUUUUAAACCGUGCUGUUGUGUUUUUAAUUGUCUAACAUAUUUUAAAAAGUUCUAACUUUACUAAGAAGACAUCACCAAGCUGUGCAGCCCUGUGGCAUUUUGUUCUGUAAAACGGACGGUCGGUUCUCUUUCAGUGAGUAGCUUGUGUUUUUUUUUUUUUCUUUCAUGUCACUUUUUUUGACAGUGCGUCUGUGGCAUUUCCUUCAGAUCCAAGCAGCAAAGGACAAAGCACUCAGUAUGAAGCAGAGAUGGAGAGUAGGAGCAGAAAGUGACAUAAAAAUGCAGUUAUGAUGCCCUCUCUGCAGCGUGCUGGAACAAGGUCGGUGGCUUUUCUGUGUUUUCUUCUGCAGGAAAAAAAAAAACAGAGCUUUGUAAAGGCUGCCACUCUGGUGCUUUACAAUCACUGGUCUGAUCAAAGCAGCAGCGCGCAGCAACAUACCACCAAAUCCAUUUAAUGGAGCGAGUGUUUCGGGGCUUGUUAGAGUGCGUGCAGGCCUGCAAAUCUGCUGGAAAUGCAAUGUAACUUUAUGUUUUUUUUCGGGAGCUAAGGAAAACGUUCAUGGGCGUCAUCGCCUGCAAAGGAAAUGAGAUAUGUUGAUGUCAAAAAGAGAACAAAGUGAUAGCGUUAAAGAUGACUUUUUUUGUUUGUUUGUUUUGCUUUCUGUACUGUACAUUCCUUCAAAAAAGUGUUUCAGGCCUUGAAGGCUGGCAGAGCAGAACUCAGAGGAAGAAGAGACAAAAAAAACGUUAACAAUGUCGAAAAAGAAACUAAUUAUUAUUAUUAUUAUUAUUAAUUAUUAUUAUUAUUAUAGUAUGUACAUUCUUUACUUGUUGGAGGCCAAUAAUGUUUUAUUAAAAUAUGAAUA